UAAAAAUGACAUUGACAACUGACAGUGAUAACAAAUAAAUUGAGGUUAUGUUGGUUGAUGCGAUAAUCUUUCAUUAUAAAUUAAAAUGAAACUGUAGCACUGGCUCAGGCCUUUAUAAUUUUAGACAUCUUUAAGGACAGUAAGCUACCAAAAUGGCUUUAGUCAAAUCCAAGCAUAUUCCAGAGGAUGCUGUUGUUCUAAGCGAAAUGGAAGCUACCUCAUAUAUUUGGGAUAUAGUAAACGAUUGGGAAACGUUUUCGGAUACAUGGGCGCUAAGAUAUUCACCGGCUAUUUUGGGUGCAAUAAACGGCAUAUGCGGUCUUUUAAUAAAUAACCACUACCGACAAAAGCUGAAACUUGGCAAUUACGGAUAUUUUUCAUCUGUGGUACCAGUGACCGUAAUGCCAGGAAUACUCACCGCUUUGUUUCACAGGCAUGUUAUAUCAACAAAUAUGUUACUAAUGAAGUUAGAUACAUGUCCAAUAUGUUACGAGGUUCGUUCUGGUAUGACACAGAUAGCAUUAGGAAUUUUAUAUCCAAUGCUUCUUGGACCAACAUCAGCUCUAAUGCUGGCAAAUAGAUAUAGCACUUACCGAGUGCCAGACCUCAAAGAAGGUCCAAAAGCCAUAUUUAACUUUUUAAGGGCAAAAACUAGACCCUUCAAUGCAACUUUAACAUACAUGGUUGCAAUACAAAUGGUAGCGUCCUCUGUCUUAACUUAUUAUGAAAUGCGGAACACAUUUUCACUACAGAAAAAACUAGUGGAAAUUGAAAGAAAGGUAUUGGAAGAAAAGGGGAUGGUGUAAUAUGUGAAUUUUAAAUAGUGUUAUAUGUAAAUAGAUAGAAGUAAAUCUAA